GGGUAUCCUAUUGGAUCGAUGCCUAUAACUUUGCGGAGCCGCUAAGCUUUACGUGGUAAUUCAUUAAUUCCUAUUUCGCGACUGCUGUCCUAGACAAAAUCACUGGAUGUUCCCAGGUGCUGACUACUCUUGAGUCGCAGCGCGAACUCGAACGGGCCUCCCCAGCUUUUCUCCCUUCUUUUCGCUACCCUCCUUCUCUAAUCCUAACCUCUUAAUCCUUUUUCCUGUCAAUCUGCCUCAGAUUCGAGACGACAUUUUUGCGCCGGGUCUUGUUGCUACAACUUCAUCCACCAUAUUCCUUUAGGUCAUAGUCGCCAACAACACAAAAUAUUCCAAGCUUCUAAGCUUUCUUUUUCUUUUUCUCUUUUCAAUCAGCUCCUGGGUGUUUCCCCAUCACAGUGUGACUCUCUUUUCUUAUACAUUAGUACCUACUACCAAAUAAUAAUCUCUUCCUGCCGAAUCCCAUAACCCUCGAUUUUAUUCUCGUUUUCAAUCUCAUCACUUACUCGAUAUUAAUUGUCUGUCCUCGUCAAUCAACCCAACACUCUUAAGCGCAAACGUUCAUCCAGUCGCGUCACUGGCCUAAGAAAUCUCACAAGAUGGCUUUUGCAAGACAUCUUCCCAGCAAACACAAUCCUCUGAUGAUUGAUGAUAUUCCUCCAUAUCAUGAGCUCGUUUCGCGCCGACGUCUAGGUCAGACCCAAUUGACCGCGAAGAUGGUUGCGGCGGGUACUGCAGGCGAUGUCGACCCUUCAAGUCUGGGGGUUUUCGAUUAUGCGCACCUACGAGCUCCUCUACCGAAGGGGAUUAAUUCGGGCAUCUUCAAGUCUUCUCCCAACUCUUAUUUCCUCAUGCGUCGCAGCCAAGAUGGAUUCGUCUCUGCGACUGGUAUGUUCAAGGCAACUUUCCCUUACGCUGAAGCAACCGAAGAGGAAAUAGAACGCAAGUUUAUCAAGUCGCUACCUACAACGAGCCACGAGGAGACUGCUGGAAAUGUUUGGAUCCCUCCUGAGCAAGCAUUGGCCCUGGCAGAGGAAUACCAAAUCACUCCUUGGAUCUGCGCCCUUUUGGACCCAGCCGACAUCUCUAUCACGAACCCACCAGAUAGCCCUCCCAAGAGGAUCAUGGCACCGCCGAAAUUUGAGGCCAGUCUACCAACACAGCCCGUCCUUGCACCACCGACUCCAUCUUCACUUCCUCGUAGUACGCGAGGCCGCCGCUCAGCUAGUCCUGCAAAGAAACGAGCGAUCGCGUCUCCGCGGAAGCGGUCUGCUAAACUCUCAGUGCCUCCACCCACCGUUGCUGAUAUUCUGCCUGUGCAAGAAGAGAUCGAACCUAUCACGAAGGGCGCUGAGCUUGCCUUAAACGGUACCAAGUCGGACGAGGAGACUGCUUCUACUGCUGCUACUGAAGACGUGUCCAUCAAACCCAUUGAGAAGGAGCCCGCAGUCGUAUUCGCGCCCGCCGAGGAGGAACCCAAAGUGCAAAUCAAGGUCGGCCAGGAGGUCGAGUUCCACGGUGGCGUCGAGACAACGCAGACCGCGGUAGAAGUAGAACUUCCGGUAAGCGGAGAACCCAGUGUAGACGAGGCUGCCAGAAUGGUUGAAGAGGCGAAAGAGAUGGUAAGGAUCGCCGCCGCCGAAACUGCCGCAUCAUCUGGCUCUGGUUCAAAGGGCAAGCGAAAGGCCGACGAACUCGCUGAAGACGAAGACGAAGGAAGUGAAGCCGAAGGCCCGGAAGAGCCGAGAUCCAAGAAAGUCAAGACAGAAGUACAGUUGAGAAAAGAGCGUGUCAGAAAUCGGGCACUGGUUGGUCUUAGCGCCACCCUCGCCGUUGGUGCUUUGAUUCCGUACGUUAUGGGCGUAUUCUAGAUUAGCAUGGCCCAUCCGCCUCUCUCUAUGACUUUCCAAUUUUUACCAUAGUACCUAGCAUCAUCCCAUCGCCCUACUCGCACCAUAUUGAAGUUUGGGUAGUUCUGUUGGGUUUUGUAUUCACCGGGCUUUUGAAAGCCCGGUUGCUCUAUUGUUGUUGUUGUCGUUUUUGCACAUACCCCCAGCAGUUGAUUAGAAACAACUGCUCUGAUUCUGAUUUCGCGAAGCUAUAAGCUAUAAGAAACGGCUCAUGUAUACAUUCCGGUUGGCGAAUCUCUGGGAAGGAAGGACAACACUGUCCUGGUUGUUCCAAGGUUUGUAAUGAAAAGAGAAAUCACUCGUUGACCCCAUUUCCGCAUUCCCGUAAUACUUUACUACCCACUCGAAUAUCUGACGAACGAUGCGCUCACUGUCAUGUGGUUACACUCUUGUUGUCAUGAAACAUGAUUGAUUACUAGGAAUAAUUAAGAGAAUCCUUGUUCCAUUAAGAG